ACAAAGUCAUGGCACAUCUUUAGUUUUCAUUGUCAAGUAGUGUAGUUGUACAUUAAUGUUUAUUCGCUCCCAUUCUUGUUUACAUUCCAGAAUUUAGAUUCUCUGGGUCGACACUUCGAGCCUAUGCGACUCUAGUACUUCUAAAGACUCAACUCAUCUUCAUAGUGGCAAAAAGAAGAUUCAUGGUAUGAAAGUCUGCCGACGUCGCACUGGCUCCGGCGCCAAAUAAAACAAAUACUACGGGCGACGGAACAACAAGCUGCAAGAGCAAGAGCCAACAUGCUGCUGAUGAUGCCCGCUUCGCCGAGCACCGUCGCUGACGCAGGCGACACGCUCUCUUCCGGCACAACUGCAAUGCCUUCCCAGCUACAGAAGUCCGCUGCGCACCGGUUUUGCCAAUUCGCCAUGAAUUUGGUGAACCGGGAAUUGGAGCCGCUGUUUGAAUCCUGCAUCCCGUAUUUCGAGCAGGCCCAGAGCGAGUUAAACAACGGACAGGGGGAAACAUUAGAGCAGUUAUGCAUCUUUGCAAAUAUGUCUGCUGUCUGGGUCAUCGAUCUGGAAAAAUCCAAGGUUUGGCAACAUGCGGGUUUUCAGGUUUUCCAUGACUUCCCAUGAGGGCUGGAAAUGGAAUGCAGGACCUAGCAUGACAGAUUCCGUGCUGGGAUCUCUAUCAUGUUCAUGGUACCUGUCCUGCAUCAUGAGGAGCGUCCUCCUCUCAGUUUGCGCUUGGUCAAGGGAAAAAGUUACCAACUUUUGGCAAUCUACUAUCGUGCAACACAGAUUUAUUUUGCAUGAUCAUCCGGAACUAGCAUGACAAGUUGCACCAGUCGUGUUCCAGACGGAGAUGACAUAUUUGCAUUUGAUAGCAGUACAGCUGCUACCAAAAGUACAUCGAAGUGCUUGAACAAAAGCUCUAUGGAUUGUAAAAAUGUCCGGGUCUCGAAAAAUGCAACCUGUGAUGCUGUUUUUGGAUUCUAAAAAGAUUUGUAUUGCAUGAGCAGCAAAAGAGGUCCAGUUUUUGCCAUUGCGAGAGGGAAUUUCUCAUGCGGUAUAGGCAUUAGACAGCCCUCACGUAAUCUGUGACGCUAGGGCAUGCAUCACAUACAUCAGGACUAAUGCAAAAUGUGCAUGACAAACCUUGCAUCCUUCCAGACCCAGACAUUUUUACAUUUGAUAAGCUCACGGAGUUCGUGAAGACAGAGCUGAAUUUAUGCAACACAAAUCUUUGAUAUUCCGCGCCCGUGCAAAUAAAUGCAUGGCAAAUUACGCUACCCUACGGUGCUAGAACAUUUUACUUGUUAUGCUGAGAAGUGGGAUAAGAAUAAGAAAUUGCUAUUGAAGGAAGGUUUCUGCAUGAUGCAGAAACCGCGUUUGAUAUUCCUGUACGCGCGCGGAAAGGUGUUUUUAUUUACGGUGGAUAGAAUUACGACACGGAGCAGAACCCAAACGCAGCAGCGGAUAUGAAUUGCAAAAGUACCGUACUAGUAUAAAUUGCAUGACAAAUUCGCUCAGCAAGACAAAAGUAGGGUGGGGGACUGGGGAGCGCCCGUAGGCCCACUGCCUCUAGGAAUCAGUGGAUGCUCUUCCUUCGUCUGGUCCUCUCGCCAGGUCUCACGAACGCCACCUGGGUCUCUAAACCCACCUAGGUCUGUUCUGCGUUGCAUGCAAAAGAAAUCUGGUUUUUUCGCAGGACGGUGUAACAGUGCCAGGAUCUCUGUCUACGAGGGCGCCAGCUUCGGAAAGGAGAUCUUUUGAACUUCACUUCACUUCACUUCAAGACAAAAGUAGUUUGUAAUGCUGUUUUACCUUGAGAAAAACAUGCAUAUUUGCAAUUGGUACGAGUGCGAUACUUUUGCACAGGAUAGCGGAGUUCCUCCAGCAACUGCAGGCCGCCAUGGAGAAAGACAAAGAGGAAGUUUCGCGUAUCAAAUGCAAAUAUGUCUGGGUCUGGAAAUUUGUGAUGCUAAAAUGUGCAUGACGAAAACGCUCCCUCAUGCGGGAGAGCAUGACAAGUUUAUUGCAGAACGCUUCUUCAUACGCGCUCCGCAUGAGAAAGUGCGUUUUUGUAUGACAAGAUCAAGGGACGAGCAGGCUGCGACUUUUGUUGGUCAUGCAAUACAGAUCUCACAGGAAUGCAAGACUAGCAUUACAAGUUACAACUUUCCAGACCCAGACAUAUUUGCAAUGCAUAUCGCGGGAAUUCGAGCAAUUCCUGGCUGACUACAAGCAGCAGGUGUUAGCCCAGUUAUGCAUUGCAAAAGUAUCGUACUAGUAUAAAUUGCAAUACAAAUUUUCUCAGCAUGAGAAAGAAAAUGUGUAAUGCGGAUUUACCUUAAGACAAAGAUUUGUAAUGCAAGACUUGCAUUUAUACGAAUGCGAUACUUUUGCACAGGAUACCAGUUCGGCUACAACAACGACACGGACGGAGUGACAGGCGGAGCUGCUUUAUCAAACAAAAAAAGUUCGUCACGAUCACUCAUGCGCAUUUUUGCAAUACAAAACUGCUUGCCAUGCGUAAAAAUGCAUCACAGCCAAACUUUAUUAGGGAUUUCCCUAGUGUUUCUGCAAUACAAGGAAAAUUUGUGAUGCUAAGAAAAUUUGUAAUGCAAACCCUGCAAAUUAGUGACUGUGAUAAACUUUUUUCUCUCCAUAUGCUUCAGCUGGUUAUGAGAGUACACACCUCCCCCUCGUCCCCCUCGUUUGUCAUGCAAAAUUCCAAAUCCACCCUUUGCCUCUUAGUACUGUUCGCAUGACAGAUUUAUUCGGACUCCGAAACAGCACUAAAAUCCCCUAGAGAUUUGUCAUGCAAAAGUUGCAUCUUUGCCAGCGCUUGUGCUGUUGUUCAUGCAACACAAAUGAGGGGGAGGGGGAGUUGGGCACUGUCAUACUGCUGGGCACCAGUUGAGAACGGCGUUUAACGACGCGUCCGAUGACGACCAAUUGGAAGAGGAGGUUGCGCUGAUGCGGAUGCUAUCCUGUACAAAAGUAUCUUACUCGUACUAUUGCAAUCAUGCGUUACAAAUCUUUUUUUUAAGGUAAAUUCGCAUUACAAAUUUUACUUCUCAUGCUGAGGAAAUUUGUAAUGCAUUCAUACGAGCACGAUACUUUUGCAGUUCAUAGGUGCUGUUCAAGCCCGAGUCUGUGGAAGAUCUUUUCCAUGCGGUCUUGAACAUGACGGAAUACUCCUUCUUUUCCCAACUCAUGCGCGAACGUGUGCGGCAAAAGCAGCUGGAGCAGAAAGCGAAGGAGGCAUUGCAGCUGAUCGAGAACCGCAAACGAAAGAUCAUCGAGGUAUGCGAGUGCCAGGAUCGAAAUCGACAAAAUCGAAAAAAUUGUAAAUGCGUAUAAAUGUAGGGCACGCAUGGCCUGCGUUGGGGAGCACGAGCAGGCAAAUGAGACCGACAUCUGUACUUAGUCAUGCGUCACUUGGAAGUUGGAACAAACUGAGGCUCCAACUGGUAUCGGUUUUAUGCGUCGCAAAUUAUUUCGAUUUUGUUGAUUUCGAUUUUGGCACUCGGAUACGAGGGCGAGUUCGGUCUCGCCUUUCGGUUUGUGGAGUUCGCCGUGGAGUUGUUAAAUGACAAACUGUAUGCUGUGCAAAAGUAUCGUACUCGUAGUAAUGGCAGAUAUGCAUGACAAAUCUUCCUCCUAAAGUAAAAGAGCAUUACAAAUCCCACUUUUCUCCUUGCCAAAACUUGUAAUGCAAUUUAUACCAGUGCGUUCUUACUUUUGCAAUGCAUAAACUGGAUCCGUUUUACCACAGAACCACACCGCUCUUUGACCAGGAUUAUAACCAGGAUAACGAACCGGCGGGACGAACAUUAAAGGACUCCGACGAGUUCUCGCAUUUGCACUAUGCGGCCUUCAAGGAGUAUGAAGAAAUUGUCGAAACUGAACUACGGCAGUUUAUUCUGGAGAAGGAACAAUUCCCCUCGGUGGAAGCGUUUUUCGUCAACUUGCAGGACUUGAUCGCGAAAGACGAGAAAAAUCAGAUCGACAAUCGGUUGAUUCAGGAAAACGAGCUGUUAGCGGAAGACCAGCUGCUAUGGAGAGAAAAAAGUUUGUCACAGUCACUAACUUGCAGGCUUUGCAUUACAAAUUUUCUCAGCAUCACAACUUUCCUCUGUAUUGCAGAAACACUAGGGAAAUCCCUAAUAAAGUUUGGCUGUGAUGCAUUUUUACGCAUGACAGAAAAUUUUGUAUUGCAAGAAUGCGCAUGAGUGAUCGUGACGAACUUUUUUUGUUUGAUAGCUGCGGAGAUUUGGGUCGGUGCAGGACUUGAUCUCGGGGGUCUUAUAUCCUGUGCAAAAGUUGUACUAUCGUACUCGUAGUAAUUGCAUUUAUGCAAUACAAAUCUCGGAGUCUCAAGGUAAAACAGCAUUACAAAUUCCAUUUCCAAGAAUGCUGGGCUAAUUUGUAAUGCAAUUCAUACUAGAAGUGCGUUAGCGUUACUUUUGCAAUGCAUAUCUUAGACCAAGUGGAGUUCAACUUUUUCGCGGAGAUGAUGCGGUUUCGGGCCCAACAGGAGAAAGUGUUUGGACUGUUCUUCCGAAGCGAGGAUUUGGUUGGUAAAGAUGAACUAGUACAGCCGACGACUAGUGCUAGUACUUCUGCAGGAGGAGCCACUCCGGGGACCAACUCUUCAAGUAGUCGGGGACCAACAUCUACUUCAUCAAUCCCCGAGCCCGAGCCGAUUCCGGGCAGUGCGAAUUUGUCACCGGCCGGCAGCGUGGUCGCUGGUCCCUCUUCUACUUCUGCUUCGCUUUCAGCAUCAAGUUACUUGCAAAUGACGUUGCUUGUGCCGGAAAAUUGCCUUGGCGGCUCCACGGUGGCGUUUGAAACGCCCGACGGGCAGAACCUCACCGCAGUGGUUCCCGAAGGAUUGCAGCCCGGUGCUGCAUUCACGGUAGAGUACCAACCGCUUCAGAUGAUGGUGAUGACCUCUACGACCCCCGGUGCAGCAGCUCCUACUUCAGUUCUUGGAGACCACGAUGCUGCAAGAACAAGCACAACAACCUUCACAGUGCAGGUGCCGGAAAAUUGUGGCCCGGGAACGGUGCUGCUCGUAACCGCUAUGGAUUGCAAAAAUGUCUGGGUUGUCUGGAAGGAUGCAACUUGUGAUGCUGCAUUUGGAUUCUACAAAAAUCUGCAUUACAUGAACAGCAAAAGAGGUCCAGUUUUUACGACGGCGAGAGGGCAUUUCUCAUGCGGUAUAGGCAUCAGGUUCAGGGAGCCCUGAUAAAAUCUGCGAUGCUACUAGGGCAUGCAUCACAGACAUCAGGGGUCAUGCCAAAGCUGCAUCACAAAUCUCUGCAUCCUUCCAGACCCAGACACUUUUGCAUUUGAUAACCGCGCCGAGCGGACAACAGGUGAAUGUCGAGGUGCCGGCUGGGGUUUAUCCUGUGCAAAAGUAUCGUAGUCGUACUAAUUCAUUGCAGUAUAUGCAUGACAAAUCUUCUUUUCAAAGUAAGACAGCAUGACAAAUUCCAUUUCUCAUGCUGAGCAAAUUUGUAAUGCAAUUUGUACUAGUACGAUACUUUUGCAGUUCAUAGGGUUGUGUCGGGGAUGAAUUUCGAGGUGAGUAUGUAG